AUGUUAUCCACGCGACUGCUAAUCAAAAAAAAUUGUCCGCUCCUUGACCUUGGUAAACUUCUUGCAGAAAAAGUGCUGUGUUCCGGACAAAAAUUUAGAUUUUUCAGCUUGAAAAUGGCCAAACCAGCAGUUUAUGUGACGAGAGAAAUAAACAAGGAAGCUUUGGAUAUUUUAAAUCAAUCAUGCACUGUUUCUUCUUGGGCUGGUUCAGGCCCAGUACCACGCGCCGAAUUGUUAAAAAACAUCGAAAACAAGUCCGGUUUAUUUUGUUUGCUCUCCGACAAAAUCGACUCUGAAAUUCUAAACAAAGCGGGCCCUAAUUUGAAAGUUAUCGCAACCAUGUCGGUGGGCUACGAUCAUUUGGACGUGCAAGAAAUCAAAAAAAGAGGCAUCAAAAUGGCUUACACGCCUGAUAUUCUUACUGAUGCUACAGCUGAGUUGGCUGUUGCUUUAUUGUUGGCUACCAGUAGAAGACUUUUGGAGUCGAAUGAAGAAGCUAGAACUGGCGGAUGGCAAGCUUGGUCUCCAUUUUGGAUGUGCGGGCCUGGUCUCAAAGGCUCCACUGUUGGAAUAGUAGGAUUUGGAAGGAUUGGUCAGGAAAUUGCCAAAAGACUGAAACCUUUUGGCCCCAAAAAAAUCAUUUAUUACAAUAGAUCUGAAAAGCGACAAGAAGCUCAAGAAAUUGGAGCUACAAAAGUCAGCUUUGAGGAGCUUUUAGCUGAAAGCGACUUUAUUAGUGUAAGCUGCUCCUUAACACCUGAAACCAAAGAAAUGUUCAACGAAGCGGCGUUUAAGAAAAUGAAAAAAACCGCCAUUUUUGUUAACACGAGCAGAGGAGGGGUUGUAGAUCAAGACGAUUUGGUUAGGGCCUUGGAAUCCAAAACUAUCUGGGCCGCAGGCCUAGACGUAAUGACUCCGGAACCUUUACCAUUGGACCAUCCUCUUUUCAAGCUCAAAAAUUGCGUUAUUUUGCCUCACAUUGGAAGCGCUUGCAUUGAAACUAGAAACGAAAUGGCGGUUCUUACUGCGAAAAAUAUUGUGCAAGCUUUGGAGGACGAACCUAUGAUUACAGAACUUGUUGUUUAA